AUGGAUCCAUUCUAUAGAGAUUGGUGCAAAAUGAUAAUGGAUAGAAUGGAAAAACAUCCUAUCCGUGGAUGCUUAGCUCGCUAUGAACCAGCAAAUUCUUCGCUGCGAAAUUUUAAAUUCAUUUAUGAUGCAUUAAACGAAAACAAAUAUAUAACUCCGUUCGAUUGGUCAAUAGACAUGACAAAUCUAAUAUAUAGCUAUAUUGACUCAAAUUAUGAAGGAACUGGAAAAUAUUUCAUUGGACAGGAGAUUUUAGAGUGGCUUGAAAAUAAAUUAGAUCAUAGUCCUAAGAACUUCCAGGACUUUGUAAAUCACAGACUUCAAAAACAGAUACAAAUUCUAACAGAUUGCAUCGAGGGAAUUGGAACAAUAGAGAUAUCGAAAUCUACAGAUCUAAAGAAACAUAUUUCACCAGCGGAACUCAAAACUUUACAAGAUAAUUUUGAAUCAAUUUCAGAUCCGCAGACUUUGAUUAAUGUAAUGUUUACUUUAAAGAAAUACAUUCCAGAAUUAGACGCUGACAAUCCAAUUCAGAUUACUCAAUCUAAGAUAACUCAGCAAUGUUUUCAAGAGCUUCAAAUAUUAUUUAAACACGCUGAUAAUGACAAGAAACUCUAA